UUCAUAUAUGUGUUCCAAAUCUUUGAGUUUCGAUGUCAAAUGGGCAAACAGUUUUUAUGACUCAGUAUGCAAAGAUAAUCAAACGCGAACAGUCGAAAUUUAAAGGAACGGAAUAUUGUGAAAGAAAUUCAAAUUAAGAAUUCACAUUUCGUAUCAGCAUUACUUAAAUGUUUCGAGCUAUUAAUAUAGAAGUAUUGAGCAUUUGCCUGGUACUUCUAUGCCUGCAAAGUGAUGCACAACAACAAAAUCACUGUUAUGAUGGCCAAUUCCAAUGCGACAAUGGGCAGUGCAUAGAUGCUACUCGCAAGUGCGAUUUGUCUAAGGACUGUCAGGAUGGCAGUGAUGAGACAUUUGCGCAAUGUCAUGAUAUGGAGUGUAUAGAAAGACACUGCGCCUACGGCGCAUGUUUCAAGCGCUCCCAGAUGUGUGAUGACAUACCCAAUUGCUGGGAUGGUACUGAUGAGAACUGGUUCGAAUGUUUCCCAGAUGAAAAUUCAGUCUUUGAGAAAUUGGUUGGUGACUGCCGUAAUCCUAAUUUUCCGCAAUUUCAAUGCAAAGAAUCGAAGGAAUGUUUGCUUGAGAGUCAGCAAUGCAAUGGCGUUGCGGACUGUAGCGAUAAAUCAGAUGAAAGUCAUGAAUAUUGUUCACGAAUCCUUUGUCGUGAAGACUCAUUUGUCUGCGCUUACGGUGCCUGCAUUCGCAAAUCGGAGGCCUGCAAUCACGUUGUCGAUUGUCACGACGGCUCCGAUGAGCUGGGUGCCAUAUGCAAAAAGUGGCAUAAUAUAACCUCAAAUGAGAAAUGGUACGUUGAACGAAGGCAAAUUGAACAUGAAACACUUAUUCCGAUUCCAACUACUGAAACCAAGCCACAAACUACUGGAAAGCGUUGCAAUGUGACGGGAACUGCACUGCGGCUAAGGACCAUGUACAACGAUCCUCCAUAUAUGGGCAACGGAACCAUUUCUCAUCAGACCACUGUGCGCCUGUCCUGUACUCAGAACCACUUCCUCAUGGGCGACGAUGUGAAUGCUUGCGACAAUGGUCAGUGGAAGGCACCAUGGCCAGAAUGCGUGAGGGUUUGCAGACGUCAUACGAUCAUAAAUGAUCCCAGUAUUCGAGCUUCUUGUAUUAAUGACAAUAACAUCAUCGACUGUGUCUCAGACCCAUUAGUGGUGGGCAGCAGAGCAAUCGUCCAGUGUGCUCCGGGCUAUAAGUCGAGUGGUACCAUUGCACAAAGUGAGCGCAUCUGUGAUAUUGAAGCAAAAUGGGUUAAGCUGACAAGUGGAAGCAACCAACAACAUGGGAAAAUGAAAUGCAUUCCCGACUGCGGCAGAUAUUUAAAUACAGUUGAUAAAUUUCCAUGGCUUAUCAGCAUAUUCGAGCGAUUGGGGCAUACAUAUGUAUUCCGUUGCCUGGGCGCAAUUAUUGAUCCAUUUUAUGUGUUGACUGCGGCCGACUGCUUUUCAAGACAUCCGAUUGCACCUAUUAACUAUGUAAUAGUCCUGGGCAAUCAUUCAGUUACAUUCCUUCCAGGGGUAGAACACGGCUACGAAACCAGUAAUGUUGCCCAUAUCGAGUUGGAUAAAUUUAAUCCUUUAGCACUUCUGAAAGUGAUAAAUCCAUUUGUACUCUCGGCAAAAGUGCGACCGAUUUGCUUGAACAACUUUACCGAAAGCAAUAUGCAAACGAAUUUGAAAACUUUGGGUGAACCUAUUGUAGUGCACAGAAGAGAUGAGAAAAUUUAUUCCCUAACUCACAUUCAAAAUACUCAAAGUUUGAUUGAUAUGAAUCAGUUUAACGACAGAAUUAAAAAUAAGCUGAAGUAUAAUAGAUAUAAACUAUAAACAGAAUAUUCUUUUAUUUCAUUAAUAUUCUUUUAAAUUUCAAGCAAAAAGUUG